AUGUCUGUGAUCUCCACAGAGACCAGAGAUGAUGAGAUCUCCUGUAAAACCAAUGAUGGCGCAUAUGUCUUGAUAACUCCAAAUGAAACCAGAAGAAAUCAGUUAAAGCAAAUUGCUAAGAAAGAGCUAGAUGACCUGGAACGGUGGAGGGAAGAGCACAAGCCAGGGCCAAUUAAGAUGGUUCCACAGAUACUGGGUGGAAAGGAAUCAGAAGCUCAAGCAAGGCAAAACCAGCAAAUGAUGCUCAUGCAAUCUAAAUACCAGAAAAAGCACAAGAAAGAAGAAUAUGUAAAAGCAAAAAAGGCAGCUGAAGAAGCUGAAAUCAUGAAAAAGAAAGCAAUUCAGAGAGAGAAGGCGGAGAGACUUGAAGUUAAAAAAAGGCAACAAGAAAUGCAAAGAAGAGAGAUGUUCUUUGAGGAUCAAAAUUACAAAACCAAUGAAUUAUUGAACAGAUUGGACUCAGGUUUGCCAACAAGUGAUUCCUGUCAGAUUGCUAAUCGUGGCCCAGAAUCUACAGCAUGGGCUAGGGGCCAUACUUACAAGCAAGCUCUUCGAGAGGAUGAAAACAGAAGAUUAGAGGAAAUGAAGCAAGAACAACGGAGGAAGGCUGAAUUAAUGGAAUUUAAACAAAAGCAGAAAGAAGAAGCCAGGACAAGAGCACUUCAAAAUGAACAGAGGAGGGUAAAUAAUGCUUUCCUGGACCGACUCCAGAACAAAACACAACCUAGUAGCAUCUGCCAUCCGGGAUAUUCUGGGAGUCUGGACUACCUCAGUAGCAGUGCACAGGAGUCGAACUAUUUGGAAUAAAGGAGGAGAAAUGGUAUUGGAGAAAUAUUCCCUUUUAUCUAGCCUUGGCCAAAUGACCUUGUAAAAGGUCCAAGAAGGUGUUUUUUUUUCUUACCCAGACUUCAGCUUCACACCCACAUCACGAGCAAUCUGCAGAGCCUGGUUUCUAGUUGUCAUUAUUCACGCACACUUGAAGCAGAUGAUUAUGAAAGUCCUGUUUAAUUUUUAAUAAGAGAAGAUGUCAUUUUGUUUUCAUAAAUUGUUUUGUCUCUUGCAGAAUGUAAUUAUACCUGUCUUUAGGAUCUCAGAAAAACAAGACAUUAAGAAGCAGCAGAAGCUACAGUAAUAUUAGUGCUGUAAUAUAUAUUUGCUUACUUCUCUAUACCCAGUCAAAUAUAUUGCUGGGCUUGAAAUAAUGAAGCAGGUAGAGGGUUUUCUUUUGAGAUGGGAAGGAGAAGGGUUGCUGCUUUGGGGUUUUUUUAAUUUUCUUUCAGUGGGGAUUUUGUAGAAUUGUUUUACUGUUGCAUUCAACUGCAGAUGCUCAAGAAGAAACAGAUGUGUGUAUUGUAGACAAGAUCUUUAAAAUGUGUUCUUCAAAAAAUACAACACAUGAAAGAAAUAAAACUUGAAAUAACACUGAAAUUUA